AUGUGGGCUUCUGGAGGACGUCUCCGUGAACCAGAUCUAGGGGACAGCAGCGCCCCUGGCUCGCCUUCAUCAUUCGGGACACCGGGUCCAGGUCAUUCAAGACAAGGGUGCAGCCCGGAUCGCCAGCGUCCCCGCGGCUCCGCUCCCGGCACCUGCGCGCCCCACGAGGCCCACCCGGCCCUCACCCUGGCAGCCUUCGAGUGCCUGGCUGCGAGCCAGCCCGGCAGCCUGUGGGAGCAGCUGCGGCGGUUCUGGACCGACCACUGCUCCCGGCGCUUCUCGCCGCGGCGGCCGCCGCUGCGCCGCGUCUCCUCCAUGUCCGCCUUCUACAUGCUGGACCACCGGACGCGCCAGGCCGAGCUCGGCCUCGACUACGGCGCGCCGCGCACGCGCCUCGCCGAGGAGGCCUUCGUGUUCCACGACGGCCGCUGGGUCCCGGAGGGCGAGCAGGCGCGGACACGGCCGCCGCUGCCCUCGCCGCCCACGUCGGGCUGGAAGGCGCACGUGCGCCGGGUCAAGAGCCAGGCGCUGCUGGAGGAAAACAACUACCUGAAGCUGCAGCGGGAACUGCUCAUGGACAUGCUGACCGAGACCACGGCGCGCAUGCGCCUGCUGGAGAAGAAGCUCAGCCCCGAGGUCAGCCCGGCGGCCGCGGCGCGCGCCUGGCAGAGGAAGAUGCGCGAGCGCGAAGGAGCGGGCGGCGUGCUCGUGCUCGAGCCGCGCGCUCUGGAGUCGCGGUGA